CAUCUCUGCUCUCCAGGCCUGUUGUGCAGGCAGAGAAGGGGGGGGUGCCAGUGCCCCCCUCGGCCAGCUGAGGAAUGACAGGGGAGGAGAGUGACAGAGAGGGUGACUCACCCUAUGCAAAUGCUCCACCAACGGCCGCCGGGACAGCCAGGUGGCUUGAUGGGAAACGCUCAGUGGGGAGAGAACCCCCAUUUUCACCCCCAAAUCGCCCCGCAGGAAAUGCCGUUGCAGUCCAGCCCAGGCAAAGAGCCGAGCAGAAUCAAUCCACCGAUCUUAAACUAGGAUCCCUUUGCAACCUGGUCAUGCUCCCCGUAAACUGGAGAAUCCCUCGCACUGGAGUCUCGGGCCCCGUCCGCCUGUCUCAGAUGAUCUGCUUCGCAACAUGGACCAGCGGGAAGCUUGGGAUCGCUUCUACUCCCGGAGGGAGAAAAACGGACCUCCCCAUCCGUUUGACUGGUUCUUUGGCUACAAAGAGAUCUCAACGUUUCUCGACUCCAUUCUUGGGGGGCUGCCCCCUGGCCAGGCCCGAGUCCUAGACGUGGGCUGCAGCACGUCGUCCUUGGGCUUGGAACUCUACCGACAUUCGUCCGUCCAGGUUCAUAUCUGUUGUCUGGAUUUUUCCUCCGCGGCCCUCCGGGGUCUCACUCGGAUGCUUCAGGAUAGCCCCCCACCGUGCCACCCCCUUUCCGAGCUGCGGUGCCACCUGGGCGAUGCCACCAAACUGUCCCAUCUCUUUGCUUUGGGGUCUUUCCACCUGGUUCUCGACAAAGGGACCUGCGAUUCGGCCCUGCGGGGAUCCCCCCAGCGGGCGAGACAAUUGGUGUCCGAGUGUCUACGGGUCCUGAGCCCGGAGGGGUGUCUCGUCCAGAUCUCCGACGAGGAUCCGGAUGCCAGGGUGCCGUUCCUGGAAACGGCCGGCGGAGCCAACAUCAAAGUUGGGGAGAUCGCCAAUCUUAACGGCAUCGCGUAUUAUGCUUACACGCUCCAGACCCAUCAGAGGUGGGGCAGCCCGCCAAAUCUGCGAGGAAUCCAACCGGCGAGCAGCCUUGAGUGAAAUCUAACAAGAGCCGUAAUACCCAUCUAUCGUUUUAUCAUACACUCCAGUCAUUUAAGCGGUAGUUAAUUUAAUUUGUUUUAUUUUCUCAGUCUGGACUCUCCCAAGUUCCCCUUUGUGAAGCAAAGUAAUAAUAAUAAAAAUAAUAAAGUUGGAAGGGACCUGGGAGGUCAUCUAGUCCAACCCCCUGCUCAGGCAGGAAACCCUAUACCAUUUCAGACAAA